AUGACAGCCUGGCUUCCUCUGCUCGUGCUGUACUCGUUUUGGAUAUCUCUUGGCGCUGCUGUCUCUGGCCAAGAGCCGCUGAAGGAUGUGCCGACGGGAGGAUAUAGAGCUGGAGAGCGUAUCCCUGUGAGUUGUUUGAAUAGGACCAUAGAAACCGGGGAACAUGUAUGUCCAAGGGCAGCGAAUCCUGAGACAGCGUUAAAGAGCAAUGCCUCGGGACAACUUCAAUAUAUACCUUUUCCAACGUGUAAUGAGACCGGCCGACCUCUGGAGCUCUUCUUCGGCGUAGAGAAGGACAUCAAUUGCACAAUCGACUUCAUCUCUGACCCUCUUUUUCACCUCCUCGAAUUCUACAUCCACAACGACGCACCCCUAACAUGCCGGAUCCCAUCCCGGCCCCUUCCCCCUUCGCCAAAAGAAAUCGAAUACAAAGUCAGCGAUAGCAGUACACAAGAAGGAGCACUAGGAAGCCAGUCCACACUAUACACGCCAUUGAUAAUCGCGCUAGCGGGAACAUUGCAGCUGAGCCAUUUACAUGUCUCCCAUGAGCUGAAUUUGCUGGUGCAUGCUGCGCCAAAGAGUGUCAGCCCAGGAACCAUUGAUGCGGCAGCUGCCUACUCCAUCUCAGCACAUGCUAGGCAAACACGGAUUUCCAUUGGGGACUCGUUGCCCCUGACUUUCAGUGUGCGCUGGUAUCCGUCUACGACGCUACCGCCUGGUUGGAGUGGGUAUGGCGGGCAUUUGUAUAAGAGCACUUUUUUGUAUUGCAUUCUGAGUGCCGGAGCGAGCGCAGCCGUCUGUGUGGCGUAUUUUAGGGGUGUCGAGUUGCCCAGGCGGUUGAGGCGGUAUGCAAGGGAUAAGGUGCAGGGAGGAGGGAGGUUUGGAGGCGGCGGCUAUGGUUUGCCAGUAGCUAAUAGCGGGGGAGGCGGAUAUGGUGGGUAUGGAUAUAGUGUUGGGAAGAAGGAUUAG